AUGGCGCCUGGAUCCGUCUCCUCCACGCUCCUGCAAAGCGCCAGUCUUCUGGGGUCUCUCCUCGCCGUCUGCGUCGCUCACGAAGUCAAUAUCCUCGACUCAAAGAGCGCACUGGGGGAGCCUGGCUGGAUUGCCUCACCACCUGAAGGGUGGGAAGAAAUAAGCGGGUACGAUGAGUUCCACACGCCCAUUCAGAUGUACCAAGUCUGCCACGUGAUGAAGCCCAACCAGAACAACUGGCUGCGGACUAACUGGAUGAUGCGCGGCGGUGCCCAGCGCGUCUUCCUCGAGCUCAAGUUCACGCUGCGCGACUGCAACAGCAUCCCGGGCAUCUCGGGCACGUGCAAGGAGACCUUCAACGUCUACUACCACGAGUCGGACAGCGAGCGCGUGUCCGGCAUCCACGAGAGCCAGUACGUGAAGGUGGACACCAUCGUGGCCGACGAGACCUUCACCGAGAUCGAUCUGGUCGGCCGCAUCAUGAAGCUGAACACGGAGGUGCGUGACGUGGGCCCCCUCGCCAAGAAGGGCUUCCACCUGGCCUUCCAGGAUGUGGGUGCAUGCAUCGCGCUCGUGUCCGUGCGCGUGUACUACAAGCGCUGCCCACGCACCGUGCGUGGCCUGGCCGUCUUCCCCGACACGGUGACGGGCGCCGAAUCUUCCUCGCAUGUCGAGGUGCGCGGGGCAUGCGUCGAGAACUCGGUCGAGGAGGAGGCGCCGCGCAUGUUCUGCAGCGCCAAUGGCAAGUGGCUCAUGCCCGUCGGGAGGUGCGUCUGCGGCCCCGGCUACGAGCAGGCGGUGGAUGGGUGCCAAGGUGUUUUGUGCAGCAGGAAUCUUCACGACGAGUUCGCAAAUAAGUCGGCCGCUCUCGUCUGGCACAGCCACCAAGGGAGGAGGAAGUGGAGGAAGCACCCCAAGUUGGGGUUGCUGCUCCGACAAGCCAACAGCUGCUACCCAAAGUUCAUUUAUUAGGUAGAGCCCUGUGAGCCAUUCGGCUCUUGAAUCGGGUGCAACCGCAACAAACAAAAAAACAAAAACAUGAACAAAAAACAUCUUAAAGCAGUGGUUCUUAACCUUUUUGGAGGUACCGAACCCCACCAGUUUCAUAUGCGCAUUCACUGAACCCUUCUUAAUUGGAAAAAAUAACCUCCGCCGAACCCCUGAGACUGACUCACCGAACCUCUGAGGUUCGAUCGAACCCAGGUUAAGAACCAAUGCUUUAAAUAGAAAUAAAAAUUUCAUCUCGACGUUAAGUCCUGUUAUUUGGUUGCUUCUUUUAAUAACGCGUGGGAUGGACCGGGUGUCGCCGUGCUGAGAACAGUGCGCGAUGAAACCGACCACCUGAGUUUGAUUCUCCGUCACAGUGUACACACACACACAGUGUGUACACACACAGUGUGUACACACACACACACGGUGUCUACAGUCUACACACACACAGUGUGUGUACACACACAGUCUACACACACACAGUGUACACACAGUGUCUACAAACAGUCUACACACACAGUGUGUACACACACAGUGUUUUGUCGGGGACACAAAGGCGGCCGGGCGUGCCUCGUUCCUAUGGCGGGGCUAGUUGUGGUGCUCACUUUACGACGGCCGGAGGUGUUGAUGAUGGUGAUGACGAUGUGAGUUGAGUCGUCCCCCAACCAGGGAUUGAACUGGCACCCUUCUUCGUUCGAUGGUUAUUAUUUGUUGACGGUAAUAAUUUUGAUGUUGGGUUUAAAGUUACCUUUGCUGAAUGCGCCUAUUGACACUGGGCGUGUGUUGAUUAAAAGCAGUGCAACAUGUGUGGAGGAUAGAACUAAAUUGCCAAUAUAGAGUUUGACGUAAAAUUUAGGGAGCAAAACCCCAGCACUCAACUUGAUUUUCAGGUUACGGUUCAGAGGAAAUUAUUUGGUGGUUGCUGAAAACUUUACAGUUUCAAAUAUUCUGGAAUGCGUCCGAAGAAGUAUUCAAAAGGUCGACCGAACAUGCAAACAGUAGUGAAUGGAACCCAGUGUUAAAAUAGCAACGUAAUAAAUAUUUCUUGCAAAC